AGCCAGCCGCCGCCGUUCAGAUUUUUUCACUGGCUUCUCUGUUGUUCUAGUUUUCUUCACGGGCAGGCUGCAGCUCUGUAGAUUUUCUCCAUCCCGCCAGCAGCCCAGCACAACCGCUCGUCAGAUUUGCUGCUAGCUUCUCCCGUGGCUGUUCUUCAAGAGUCCGACGCCCACGAGCUUCCACCCUCUGACUCCCAUGCUGCCCGCACUACCAUCUCGUGUGAAGGAAGAGCUGUGCCCGAGAAAGUUCUGCAGAUGUGUUGCUGGCCUGCUGUGCACCAGUUCUUCACGUGGCGGCUCUCCAAAAGACAGCACCAAGCGCUGGACAGCGACGAGAUGGGUGGAGGCGCUAGCACUGUUCCUGCGAUGUUGUGGGAUUCGGACAGCGAAGAUAAAGUGCACGUGGUUAACCAUCCUACUGAUCGUCGUGCUACUACUGACACAUAGAAAGGAAAGACCAUGGCUGAUGCCAACACAUCUUCUAGUAGUGCUGAUGUGGUGCUUGAUCGAUAUGGGAAACCAGUGAAGCUAAAUGGACCAAUUGAUGUGACUUGGAACCAUGGUGAACCAUAUCCUGGACCUCAUGGGGCUGGCUUUAAGUGCUUUUAUUGUUUUACCACCAAAAAAGGCGGGGGGUGUCUCGAUUAAAAGAGAAUCUAGGUCACAUACUAGGGAGUGUGGAGGCAUGUCGUAAAGUGCCAAAUCAUGUGAAGGACCUAAUGUCUCAAAAAGUAACGGAUGGGAGAAUUAGGAGGGCACGUGGUAAGAAGCUUCGUUUGUUUGUUGAAAAGGAGGUUAGUGCAAUAAGACAUGGUUAUCAAAGUGCAAGAAUUCCUUUUGAUGAAGAAGCACAGAUUGAUAUGGCAAUGAGAAAUUCAUUGAGGGAUUCUUUUUCCACAUUGGAACAUGAUAGUUGUUCACCUUUUGAUAAGUCAACUGGUAGUGCAAGUGGAGCUGCAAGUUGUUCUACAGGGAAGCAAAGUAGGCUGUCAAGGUACUACAAGAAUACACAAGAUACCUCUAGAGGUCCUUUUGACAUUGACUUGGCACGCAGUAGGACACAAGUGCAGCCACACAUAGAUGUUAUGCUAGAGAGGGGUCACAAAGAGAAGCUAGGGAUAGCAUUGGCAAAAAAGUUCCAUGCUAAUGACAUUCCUGGAAGGAAGGCAGACUGCCCAUACUUUCGUUCAGCCCUUAAGUUAGCUCAACAACUUGGUGAUGGAGUACCAAUUCCACGUGGGAGAGAAAUAGAUGGUCCAUUAUUGGAUAUGAAUUAUGCAAACAUGGUGGCUCACAUGGCUAAAUUUAAAGAGGAUUGGAAGGAUUAUGGAGUUACAGUCAUGUGUGAUUCAUGUACAGGUCCUACCAUGAUGUCCAUUAUUAACUUUAUGAUCUUUUGCAAUGGGCGCAUGUUCUUCCACAAGUCAGUAAAUGCAACUGGUCUAAUUCAAAAUUCUGAUUAUAUCUAUGGAGUUAUAUCUGAGGUGGUUGCUGAUAUUGGGAUCAAGCAUGUUGUUCAGAUCAUCACUAAUAAUGGCUCAAACUAUAAAAAGGCCUGUCUAGACUUCACAACAAAAUAUCCACAUUGUAACGCCCUGAAUUUGGGGGUAGAAUUUUUUCUUCUUUAAUACUCACCAAAUUCAGGUGUUACUCUCUUUU